AUGUAGUUUCGAAUCGAAGUAACGAAAAGUUUGUGUGUGUUGUGACAUGUGUAGUGGGUUUUCUUGAAGGAGUUUGGCAUAACAUGCAACAUGGAAGACUACAACAUAUCGAUGGAAGAGCUCAUGAACGGGUCCGAACCCUACCAGCCCUACUACCAACGCCCUGAGACUUACAUAGUGCCGAUCAUAUUCGCACUGAUAUUUGUCAUUGGUGUUGUUGGCAAUGGCACGCUGGUUGCAGUGUUCGUGAGGCAUAAGGCUAUGAGAAAUGUGCCCAACACAUACAUCCUCUCCCUCGCCCUGGCGGACUUACUCGUGAUCAUAACCUGCGUCCCGUUCACAUCCAUCGUGUACACGGUGGAAUCCUGGCCGUGGGGCGCCACGGUUUGCCGCGUGUCCGAGGCGGCGAAGGACGUCAGCAUCGGAGUGUCCGUGUUCACGCUGACGGCGUUGUCGGCGGACCGGUAUUUCGCGAUCGUGGAUCCGCUUAGGAAGCUGCAUGCCACGGGUGGUAGCAAACGCGCUACUAGGCUGACGGUGGCCACAGCGAUCGGCAUCUGGUUGCUAGCGGCGAUGCUAGCCACGCCGGCGUAUGUCGGCUCGUAUGUGAGGACCUUCGUCGUCAAUCCUACUACACAGUUCCUGGUAUGCUACCCAUACCCCCCGGACUGGGGUGAGACUUACCCCUCCACCAUGGUGCUGAUCCGGUUCCUGGUGUACUACUCGCUUCCUCUGGCAGUCAUCGCGCUGUUCUACAUCCUGAUGGCGCGCCAUCUGGUGUUGAGCACGCAAAACAUGCCGGGGGAGAUGCAGGGGACACAGAGACAGAUGCGUGCCCGAAGGAAAGUCGCGCUGACAGUCCUCGCUUUUGUACUGGUCUUCGCCGCCUGCUUCCUUCCCUCGCACGUCUUCAUGAUGUGGUUCUAUUACUGCCCAACAGCCCAAGAGGACUACAACGGCUGGUGGCACGCGCUUCGCAUCAUCGGCUUCUGCUUCUCAUUCCUCAAUAGUUGCGUCAACCCCAUCGCCCUUUACUGCACUAGCGGGAUUUUCAGGAAACACUUCAACAGAUACCUGUUGUGCCGCGGUGGCUCGGCCCGAGGCACUCGGGGCUCCAUGUCUUUGUCCACGUCUCGGAGACUAACUUCCAGUAGGAAAACUAACAUCAGCAUGGUACCGAGGACGACGUCCGUCAACCGAGACAGCAGCAUCCGCCUCAUCAGCAAUGGCUCCUCAAAGCUCUGAGGAAGGACCGGCCGUCCGCCGGCCAACAACAACGUAAGGAGCGACUUCAAGACCUACUUCAAGAGUGACAGCCUCGCUCCCUUCCCAAAGUGCUGUGAAAACGAGAACGGCACGCACGUGGAAACCAAUGUGGAUGCGAAGAGCAGCACUGAGAGCUUCUAUAUGCCUGCGGAUUUUAGGAGGUCCAGAUAAAUUAGAAUUAACUUCGAUAAUCUUGAGAUUCUUCCUUUGAAAUUGUACGGAUUAUAUUUGCUACUUUUCAGCUUGGUUGGACACUACAUUAGAUAGCUACUAAAUACAUAACCACAGUACCACAACGAAUUAAACAGUUCCAUAGUUCAAGAAUAAAUCUACUUCAAAAGUGAGCUUUCAUAUGCCAGCAGAGUUCAAAAGGCAUAGUUAAAUACAUUUUAGGUCCUGGACAAUUUUUUCAUAGUUCUUUUACUGGGAUUCUAAUUACAUAUUUAACUUUUUAAAAGUACCUUUCUUAAGAUAUACUCUGGGAUAUGGGCCAACAGCAGUGAUAGUAGCG